AAACCAGACAUGUCUUUGAAUGACAUUAAGAUGAAAUCCAGUGACUUGCUGGAGCAAGAACAUCUGGACAGCGGGGGCUUCGGAAAGGUGUCUCUGUGCCUGCACAGGUCCCAUGGAUAUGUAAUACUGAAAAAGGUGUACACCGGGCCCAACUGUGCUGAGUACAACGAGGCCCUGCUGGAGGAGGGCAAGAUGAUGCGCAGGCUGAGGCACAGCCGGGUGGUGGAGCUCCUGGGCGUCAUCAUGGAGGAGGGAAACUACUGCCUGGUCAUGGAGUUCAUGGAAAAGGGCAACCUGAUGCACGUGCUCCAGGCGAUUAGCAUCCCCCUUUCUGUUAAGGGGAGGGUCAUCAUGGAGACCAUCCAGGGGAUGUGCUACUUGCACAGCGAGGGGGUGAUACACAAGGACCUCAAGCCGGAAAACAUCCUCGUGGACAAUAACUUCCACAUCAAGAUUGCUGAUCUUGGAGUCGCCUCCUUUAAGACCUGGAGCAAACUGACCAAAGAGGAGCACAACGAGCAGAAGAAACUGAACCAGAGUGCCUCUAAGACGACCGGGGGCACCCUCUGCUACAUGGCCCCCGAGCACCUCAAUGACGUCAACGCCAAGCCCUCAGAGAAGUCCGAUGUGUACAGUUUUGCCAUUGUGCUGUGGGCGAUUUUUGCCAACAAGGCGCCAUAUGAAAAUGCCAUCAGCGAGCAGCAGCUGAUAAUCUGCAUCAAGUCUGGGAACAGGCCUGACGUGGCAGUCGUCCUGGAGUUCUGCCCCCAGGAGGUCAUCAACCUCAUGAAGCAGUGCUGGGACACGGACCCGGCGCUGCGGCCUACCUUUGUGGGCAUUGAAGAAGUAUUUAAACCUUUUUACCUAGAGCAAUUAGAAGGAUUGGUAGAAGAGGAUGUGAAGAGUUUAAAGAAGAAGUAUCCAUGUGAAAAUACCAUUGUGAAGAGAAUGCAGUCUCUCCAGCUGGACAGUGUAGCCAUACCUCCCAGCAGGUCAAAUUCAGCCACAGAACAGCCCAAUUCGCUGCACAGCUCACAAGGGCUCGGGACGGGCCCCGUGGAGGAGUCCUGGUUUGCACCCUACCCGGACCAGCAGCCGGAGGAGAACGAGCUCAGCCUGCAGAGUAAACUCCAGGAAGAAGCCAACUACCACCUUUACGGCAGCCGCAUGGACAGGCAGACAAAACAGCAGCCCAGACAGAAUGUGGCUUAUAAUAGAGAGGAGGAAAGAAGACGAAGGGUUUCCCAUGACCCUUUUGCACAGCAGAAACCUCAUGAGAACGCUCAGAGCCCAGGGAUGAUGGGGCCUACUUACCCCAGUGCAGCCGGCCGGGCAGGGCUGACCAGCCAGCUCCCAUCAUGUUACUGGAGCAAUGGACUGUCCACCCAGCCUGGUUUUGGAGCAAGACCACUGGAUCCGUUUGCAGCGAGUUCAGGAGUUUGGCAAGGGCCAAAUUUUAACUACAUGUUAAGCCAGCAUAAACCCGCAGUGCCUGAGACCAGCACAUUUGGGAACACGCCCACCAUGCCCUUCAGCUCCCUGCCAUGGAGAGAUGAGACUCCCAAAUGUUCCAUCUACAACAGCAGUGGCAUUCAGAUCGGAGACCAUAAUUACAUGGAGGUUUCUGGCAUGAGCACUGCAUUCCCGGACAACAUGUGCAUGAACUUGAACACUGAGUCAGCUUCCAUGUACCAAGAUAUCUUUGAUAAUACCACUAGUGUGACUGAUAAACACCUGGACCCCGUCAGGGACAAGCUGGGAAGGCACUGGAAAAAGUGUGCUCGUAAGCUGGGCUUCACUGAAUCUCAGAUCGAUGAAAUCGACCACGACUAUGAGCGAGACGGACUGAGGGAAAAGGUUUACCAGAUGCUCCAAAGGUGGCUCAUGAGGGAAGGUAAUAAGGGCGCCACCGUGGGAAAGCUGGCCUUUGCGCUCUUCCAGUCUUCCAGAAUGGACCUUCUGGACCGGUUGAUAAGCAUCAGCCAGCGCUAACUCCAGGACGGGCUUCAGCUGUGUGAGGCAGUGUCCUCACUCAGCGGCCCACUGAGACCAUGCCUCAAUCAUCAGGCAUUCUUUUUACACUAAUACGGGUUUUCUGUCUGCAUAAACAUCAUUUCCUGCAUUCCUCAAUGGAGAAUGGGGAAAGAAAUCUAUAGGAAACCACCUACAAAAUAGGACAACCUAUUCUUUCUUUUUUUUUUAAAGAUUUUCUUACCCAUGCAUACAAGAACUGGUGCACAGGCCAUAUGCAUGGUGGGUGAGAGGAUCCACCAGAGACACAUGGGGGAGCAAAACAGGUGGAUUGACUGAAACACACUGCUGAGGGGACCAGCGGGUGAGACAGGAGAGGUCUGCUGCACCAUGUGGGUAGCUCCCUGACCGGGGAUCAAACUCAUGCUGCAGUGCCUGCGGAUAGCUUCAUAGGUUGUGUCUUAACCCUUUGAGCCACCAGGGGGGCCGAGGACAACCUGUUCUUGAAGGCCUGAGACCCAGUCAAAAAAGAAACCCAAUUGGAUUUGGAAAGGGAAAGCAGAGAGAUUUGAAGAAGACCAGUUUCUUUCCAUUCAUUCCAUAACCUCACUUGUAUUAUUCACUGUUUCUCAGACUUUUUGUCUGAGUGAGGGGGAAAAAAAAAUUCUGAGAAUUUCAAGUCUACUUUCUUACAUUGCAGUAAGAAAGUAUGUUCGGAACAUAGAAGAGUCAAAUUCUCUGUUCUCUUCAAGUGGUAUUUUUGGAGUCACAGCCCCCGGUCACCCCAAAAGGGUGACUUAAGUAUCAAAUGCUCUGUCAGUUGCUACAGGCUUCAGGAAUUGCAUGCAGUCUCAGCUCCAUAAAUAAAUUUAAGGGACUUUAAGGAGCACUAAGAAGGGGGAAAAACGAGAGAGCAAAAAUGUCCGAAGGAACCGACACAAGGAAUUGCUACUAGUUAUGACAACUCCCAAAAUUCCUGGUGAUGUUUGGGAUUUUCCCUAGUGUACUUUAUGCACUUUCCAACCCGUGCACUUUGAAGAGGGAGCAGGGAUGCAGGGGAAGAUUGAUGUCUUUCCCCUCCACCCCGCACUGUGAUGGGAGCCUGGGUGCUGAUCACCGUGGGUUGCUUCCUCAGUUUACCCCAGGGCACUGUAGAAACUUUCUUUCUUCUGGGUGCUAUGGUGUGAAAAAAGGAAAAAAAGACAGCUUCAGAAGCUGGUAAUGGUGCUUAGCACCCGACCUUUCAAAGCCCAUCUGUGACCCAGGAGUGAAGGAAGGACUAAGAAGGCUGGAACGUGGAGUCGCCGGGCUGUUGGCAGGCAGCCAGAUCUUUGCUGGCCAGAGAGUGCAGCAGUCCGCUCAGUCCCCCAGAGUGGGAGGCAGGGGACCUCAUGUUCAACCUGGAUGUAGGAACAAUCUUGUGGCUGGCAACAGUUGUUUCUGAUUCUAAAUCUCCUCCAGCAGACACACACACACACACACAUACACAAAACAGGGCUGUAAAGCAGAAUUUCUCAACCGUGGCCCUAUUGGAAUAUUGGACUGGGUAAUUUUCUCUCGUGGGAAGCUGUCCCGGGCAUCGUAGGAUGAUUGGACACAGCCCUGGUGCUACAUCACUCCAUGCCAAUAGCACUGUUACUCCUCUCGACCCCCCUCCAGCUGUGACAAAACUGCAGAUCUUGCCGGGUGUUCCCUGGAAGGUCAGAAUGGAGAAGAACACUGCUUUAAAGUAGUGAACCCAAGUUCUCAUAUCCACACUGACCUGGGCUCACCGCUCAGGUGCCAGGCAGCCCGAGACCACUUAGACUAAAGGGAAAAUUGGAGGUGCUGAGGGCCCCCAAGACUUUGCCAGAAGGAGUGGGAUGGUUUCUAGAUGUAUCAUUUGUGCCUCUGUUCUAACAGUUGUUCUAAAUUCCAGAGAUUGUGUGCUGCUAAAAGAUAAAAACAAAACAUGUUGCCAAAGGACCUUUGAAAAUAAAAUUUUGUACUUCAAAAAUAAGCCAUGGAAAUGGUGUGUUUGUAGAAAUGAAUCAGUUUGG